AAGCGAUUGGCGCGUACGGUAUCAUCGCAAGCUCUGCGUCGGCCUAUUUAAAAAAACCCAUAAAAAGUGCGACGUGUGUAAUUUUAAGGCUUCAUACUUACUGAAGGCAGUGCGUUGUUGAAAAAAGAGGUCACGGGAAGGCAUCAAUAUGUACGGGUUCGUGAACUAUGCUUUGGAGUUACUUGUGAUGCAAACCUUUGGUGAAGAAACAUGGGAGACUAUAAAGAAGAAGGCCGAAGUUUCUAUGGAAGGCUCGUUUCUAGUGAGGCAGAUUUAUGAAGAUGAGAUAACUUACAAUCUUAUAACAGCAGCUGUGGAAGUACUGCAAAUCCCAGCUGAUUCGAUCUUGGAACUUUUCGGAAAAACCUUCUUCGAGUUUUGCCAAGAUUCUGGCUAUGACAAGAUCUUGCAAGUAUUAGGUGCCACGCCGCGUGAUUUCUUACAGAAUCUAGACGGCUUGCAUGACCACCUCGGUACCUUGUACCCGGGCAUGCGCUCUCCUUCCUUCCGUUGUACCGAAAGACCGGAAGAUGGCGCUUUGGUUUUACACUACUAUUCUGAUAGACCAGGUUUGGAGCAUAUCGUCAUUGGGAUAGUGAAGACUGUUGCCAGUAAGCUUCAUAACACCGAAGUUAAAGUGGAGAUUAUGAAGACCAAAGAGGAAUGCGAUCACGUCCAGUUUCUAAUCACGGAAACUUCGACCUCUGGCCGAGUGUCUGCGCCGGAGAUAGCUGAAAUUGAAACUUUAUCACUUGAACCAAAAGUGAGUCCAGCCACCUUUUGCCGCGUGUUCCCGUUCCACCUGAUGUUCGACCGCGAGCUGAACAUCGUGCAAGCGGGACGAACUGUCUCUCGUCUCUUGCCGCGCGUCACCAGGCCCGGGUGCAAGAUCACCGAUGUCUUGGACACCGUUCGUCCACAUUUGGAGAUGACUUUUGAAAAUGUGUUGGCUCAUAUCAACACUGUUUACGUGCUGAAGACCAAACCCGAAGAAAUGACUGUCACAGAACCUCACGAGGGAAUUGCUUCACUUCGGCUGAAGGGUCAAAUGUUGUACAUACCCGAAAGUGACGUAGUUGUAUUCCAAUGUUAUCCAAGCGUGACAAACUUAGAUGAUCUUACACGUCGUGGUCUCUGCAUUUCUGAUAUACCAUUGCAUGACGCUACCCGCGAUUUGGUGCUCAUGUCAGAACAAUUCGAAGCUGAUUACAAAUUGACGCAAAACCUGGAAGUUCUCACUGAUAAGUUGCAGCAGACUUUCCGCGAGUUGGAUUCUGAGAAACAAAAGACAGACAGAUUGCUUUACUCAGUCCUGCCAAUAAGCGUUGCCACUGAACUACGUCACCGUCGUCCUGUACAAGCUCGUCGAUAUGAUCCGGUCACCUUACUCUUCAGUGGUAUAGUAGGAUUCGCCAAUUACUGUGCUCGGAAUACAGACCAUAAAGGAGCCAUGAAGAUCGUCAGGAUGCUCAACGACCUUUACACGGCCUUCGAUGUCCUUACUGACCCUAAGAGAAAUCCGAAUGUGUACAAGGUAGAGACUGUUGGCGACAAAUAUAUGGCAGUAUCAGGUCUUCCUGAGUACGAAGUGGCUCAUGCAAAACACAUCUCUUUGCUGGCGUUAGAAAUGUUGGACUUAUCGCAAACUGUGACGGUGGACGGGGAACCAGUUGGUAUCACCAUCGGAAUCCACUCCGGCGAAGUUGUGACCGGCGUGAUCGGUCACCGAAUGCCUCGAUACUGUCUAUUCGGCAAUACUGUCAACCUCACCAGCCGCUGCGAGACCACCGGCGUGCCCGGCACUAUCAACGUCAGCGAGGACACUUACAGCUACCUCAUGCGCGAAGACAACCACGAUGACCAGUUCGAGUUGACGUAUCGCGGUCACGUUUCGAUGAAGGGCAAGGCUGAGCCGAUGCAGACCUGGUUCUUGACCCGGAAGAAGAUGUAAUCGCCCAUGACCUGGGUGCGGGACAAGGGGGAACGUGUGAGAGACAGUCUGGUGGCUAUCAACGACAUGAUACUGGCGAGA